GGAGCUCUGUGUGUCCAGCCUUCCAGGUCCGUGUGGAAUUCCUGCCCCAGUUUCCUAGGACUGGCUCUUCCAAGUGCCAGUAUGGCCCCGGACUCAGGUCCUUUUCCUGAAGGGCCCCUCUUAAAGCUGCUACCAGUAGAUGCCAGGGACCGGGGCACCCAGCGCUGUCGCCUGGGCCCGGCCGCCCUCCGCACGUUGGGUGCACAUUUGGGCUCGGCGGUGAGGAUCUCGCUGCCCGAUGGCGGUUCCUGCCUCUGCACAGCCUGGCCGCGGCGGGAUGGAGCCAAUGGUUUUGUGCAGCUGGACCCGCAGUGCGCAAGUCCCGGGGCGGCGGUGGGGAAGCAGGGGUCCCCGGGGACCCUCAGCCUGAGCCGCUUCAGCCUCGUACCCUGCCCGCCCCUGCGGCGCCUCUCAGUGUGGCCAGUGUUGCGAGAACCAGCAGGUAGGCCGGGUGCCCCGAGUCCAGCUGCGGUGCUGGAGGCCGCGCAGGAGCUGCUGAGGAACCGACCGGUCUCCCAGGGCCACGUGGUGGCCGCUCCGCCCGGCGACCCAGGCCCUGUGACCGCCCUGCACAUCAUCGGCGGGGCACCCAACCCGGAUCCAGCCGGGCUGGUCACCCCUCGAACCUGCAUCGCCCUCAGCCGUGAGCCUCCGUCAGCAGCGGAGCCGCAGGCCGAAGUGCUCCUGGGGGGCCUUUCUGAAGCGGCGGACUCGCUGCGGGAGCUCCUCCGCCUGCCGCUCCGCUACCCCAGCGCCCUGGCCGCGCUGGGGCUGGCUGUGCCCCGUGGGGUGCUCCUGGUGGGUCCUCCCGGAGUGGGCAAGACCCAGCUGGUGCGGGCCGUGGCCCGGGAGGUGGGCGCAGAGCUGCUGGCGGUGAGCGCCCCGGAGCUACAGGGCUCCCGGCCUGGGGAGACCGAGGAGAACGUGCGGCGGGUAUUUCAGUGCGCCCGGGAGCUGGCCAGCCGCGGGCCUAGCCUGCUUUUCCUGGACGAGGUGGACGUCCUGUGUCCGCGCAGGGGCGGCCCACACCGGGCCCCGGAGAGCCGCGUGGUGGCCCAGGUGUUGACACUCUUGGACGGCGUCAGCGGAGACCGCGAGGUGGUGGUUGUGGGAGCCACCAACCGACCAGACGCUUUAGACCCGGCACUUCGCAGACCUGGGAGAUUUGACCGAGAGGUUAUCAUUGGGACUCCCACACUUAAACAAAGAAGGGAAAUUCUGCAAGUGAUUACCUCAAAGAUGCCCGUCUCCAGUCAUAUUGAUUUGGGUCUCCUUGCAGAAAUGACAGUUGGCUAUGUUGGUGCUGACCUGACAGCACUCUGUAGGGAGGCAGCCAUGCAUUCUCUCCUUCACAGUGAGAAGAACCAAGACAAUCCUUUGAUUGAUGAAACAGACUUCCUUGAAGCUUUUAAGAAGAUUCAACCUUCAUCAUUUCGAAGUGUCAUUGGGUUGAUGGACAUCAAGCCUAUUGACUGGGAGCAAAUUGGUGGCCUUGAAGAUGUAAAACGGAAAUUAAAACAGAGCAUUGAGUGGCCUCUGAAAUUCCCUCAGGAAUUUGUUAGGAUGGGCCUGACACAACCAAAGGGCCUUCUCCUCUAUGGCCCCCCUGGAUGUGCUAAAACCACCUUGGUGAGGGCCCUGGCCACAAGCUGUCACUGCUCUUUUGUUUCAGUGAGUGGAGCUGAUCUCUUUUCACCUUUUGUUGGAGAUUCAGAAAAAGUUUUGUCUCAGGUAUUUCGACAAGCAAGAGCAAAUACUCCAGCAAUUGUGUUUUUGGAUGAAAUUGACUCAAUACUGGGAUCUCGCUCAGUCAGCAAAACAGGAUGUGAUGUUCAAGAGCGAGUUCUUUCUGUUCUCCUGAAUGAGUUAGAUGGUGUGGGACUUAAGACAAUAGAAAGAAGAGGAAGUAAAUCAAAUCUACAGGAGUUUCAAGAAGUUUUUAAUCAAAAUGUUAUGAUUGUUGCGGCAACAAAUAGACCUGAUGUGUUAGAUGAUGCCUUGUUACGACCUGGAAGAUUGGAUAAGAUUAUCUAUAUUCCCCCUCCAGAUCAGAAGGGCAGGCUUUCUAUUUUAAAAGUCUAUACAAAAACCAUGCCAAUGGGGUCUGAUGUUGCCUUAGAAAACCUAGCAGCAGAAACCAGUUUUUUCUCUGGAGCUGAUCUUAGAAACCUCUGCAAAGAAGCUGCUUUGCUGGCUCUACAAGAAAAUGGAUUGGAAGCAACCUCAGUGAAUCAAGAACACUUUCUAAAAUCACUUAAGACUGUAAAACCAUCCUUAAGUCACAAGGACUUGACUUUAUAUGAAAACUUAUUUAAGAAAGAAGGAUUUUCUAAUGGGGAAGAAAUUUAAAAUUACAUUAUUAUUCAGUUGUUCACAUUUAUAGAAGUGUGAGCUUGCCUUUGGUUUCCAACUUCACACUUUCAGAGUCUGUGUGUAUAUUUUCUGUAAAUAAAUAAAAAUAUAGGUUUGGGGAUGUAUCUCAGUAAUAGAGCUUUCCUAGCAUGUUCAAUGCCCUGGUUUCUGUCCCUAACACUGCAAAUACAAAAUAAAAAAUUUAUACCUUAUAAGCUAAGACUCAUCCUACUUCUAAAAGUUAUAUUAAAAUCCUGUAAUUUAUUAAGAAAGCAUAUACUUAUGUUUGUAUGUAUGUUGACUUUGUAAGGGUAGUUAUUUUUGGCUAAUUGCUUUUUUGUAACUUUGAAAUAAUUUCAUAUUUACAAAAAAGUUGCAAGAACAAUAUAAAGAACUCAUAUACUCUGUACUCUUAAUUUACAUUCACCAAGUUUUAACAUUUUGCCACAUCCUUCUCCCUAGUAUUUUUCUGAACAAUUUGAGAAUAGAAUAUAGGCACACAUCACUUGAUGAUGGGGAUAUAUACUGAGAAAUGUAUCAUUAGAGGGCUGGGGUUGUAGCUCAGUGGUAGAGUGCUUACCUAACGUGAGGCACUGGGUUCGAUUCUCAACACUAUAUAAAAAUAAACAAUUAAAGGUAUUGUAUCCAUCUACAAUUAAAGUUUUUUUGAAAUUAAAAAAAUGCAUCAUUAGGCAAUUUUGUUAUUGUGUGUAUCAUGGAGUAUACUUGCAUUAAGAUGGCUAUAAAAUCACCAGGCAAUAUAAUCUAAUGAAAUUUCCAUCAUAUGUGGUCCAUCAUUGACUGAAAGCUUGUUAUGUGAUAUAUGACUACAUAUACAUCAUAACCCCUUAUCCCCUUAGUACUUCAUUGUAUAUUUAUUACAAAUAAGGUCGUUUUCUUUUACCACAGUGCAGUCACCAAAUUCAGGAAAAUUUAACAUUGGCACAUUUUAAUCUGUCAUCCAAUAAAUUUCAUCCAUUGUCCCAAUAAUCCAGUUUAGGAUCCCACAUUAUAUUUAGUUUUCACAUCUCUAGACAAUUCUUCAGUCUUUCUUAACUUUGACAUUUUUGAAGAAUAGAGACCAAUUAUUUUAUAGAACAAAUUGGUCUAUGGAUUUGAAUUGUCCAACGUUUUGUUAUGAUAGAUUCAGGUUAUGUAUCAUCAAUGAAACACUCAUGAUGACUGGCAUUGUACUUUCAGUAUCCCAUCUGGAGAUGCAUGUUGUCUGCACAUUAUUAGUGAUAUUAGUUUUGAUCACUUAUCUUAUGGUAUUUUCUGGUUUCUCUAUACCUCCUAUUUCUUAUUAUUUAAAAGCAAUAUUUAAGGAGCUAAAUUACACAUACAUUUUUAUUUUCCUUUAUUAAAUACAUAGUUAAGGAUAUUAGAAAAUACAAAUAAACAUGAGAAAACCCUUUGGUAUUUAACCUUCCACUCCUUCAUGCAUGUAUAGAUAUAUAUUUUAAAAAAAAACCCUAAAAAUAAUGAUACUGUUAAACUCUUGUUUCUGUCACCAAACAAUAUCUGAUAAACAUCUUACUGGGCCAUUCUUCUCUCACAGGUGCAGUGUUAGGUAGUGGGAUGUAAAUUGAACAAAGCUGACAUGGCACUGACAGGCCAGAGACAUCAAAUAAGUUAAUCAAUUAAUUACAGUGUUCUGAAGUGCCGCAAUAUAGGGCACGAUGAGAACACAGUGCUUGAAAUAGAUGAACUCAUGAAUGUUAAGCAGUUGUUGAAAAGUUUCCUAUUUCUGACUGGAGACAGGGUUAUCAGGAGUGGGAAAGACUGGUCUGGCUUAUAGGUAUACAAUAUAAUUCAAUUCAAAUUAUUCUAACCUUCACUUUUAAAUAUUAGGAAAAUCCUUAAAACUUACUAGAAUUCUGACUAUCCAUUUUCCUUCCUGGUUUUUGUUUGUUUUUCAAUACUGAGGACUGAACCCUGGGGUACUCUUACUACUGAGCCACAUCCCUGACCCUUUUUGUUUCUUAUUUUGAGACAGGGUCUCACUUAGUUGCCCAGGAAGUCCUUGAACUUGGAAUCCUCCUGCCUCAACCUCCCCAGUAGCUGGGAUUAUAGGCAUGCACCAUGGCAGCCAGCUUCCUAACCAGCUACUGGUUUUAUAGAACAAGGCAACCAUACCAUACAAGUUCUGUUAAACCCUGGUCAGAACCUCAAUUUGGACAUCUGUGGGUCCUUGUUCCUUCCUUGAAAAAAUUGCUAGUAGUCA